UUCUUCGGCUUUAGGUUUUCUUCAAACUCCCUCGCCUACUCUUCUCUUCCGCACCUCUUGCAGAGCUCCAACAAAACGGCAGCGAAUUGUCGGAAAAUAAGGAGAGAGGAGAGGAUGGCGUCGCCAGAAGCUCCGGUUAAGUACGUCGGAAUCUUAAAGGAAUCCGCCGCUUUUCGGCUAAUGAAAUCGAUGGGAUGGGAAGAAGGGGAAGGACUUGGUAAAGAUAAGCAAGGUAUCAAAGGCUAUGUCCGAGUCAAAAACAAGCAAGACACAACUGGUGUUGGGGUUGAUAAGCCGAAUCCAUGGGCUUUCGAUACUACUCAGUUCGAUAAUAUUCUCAAGAAGUUAAAAGUGCAAGCAGCUCCUACCAAGAAAGAUGAUGCUUCGGACAAGGAAGCUGAAAGUGAAGACGAAGCUACAAAAUCUGAGCCUCCCAUGUCCAAGGUUGCUAAAGUUACUCGUCCACAAGGAAGGUAUAAACGUAGAGAGAAGGCGAAGCUUGUCAAUUCUUACUCUUCCAAAGAUCUUGAAGGAAUACUUGUUAAGCGAACUGAGGAGCCUUCUCCUGCGGUUUGUGACAUAGCUGAUACUAUGGAGAUUGAAAUUAUAUCUGAGGACCAACAUGCUAGUGUUAAAGAACAGAAAAUCGAAGAACCUUCUGAUGACUGGUGGGGAUUUAAAUCCGGGUUUGUCUCGGGUGGUCUUCUUGGAGCCAAGUCCGGCAAAAAGAAAUCAUCCAAGUCUAAGGAGAGAAAAAUGUUUUGUGAGGACGAUCAAGAGAAUCUUUACAACAUGGUUCAGGAUAAAGCCACAGCUGGAAAACAAGGACUUGGUAUCAAAGACCGUCCAAAGAAGAUAGCUGGUGUUCGUUACCAAGGGAAGAAAACAUCUUUUGAUAACAGUGAUGAUGAUGAUGAUAAUGAUGAUGAAGAGGAAGAAGAAGAGAGUGACGAGGAUGAUGCCAAGGACUCUGUUAUCGAAAAUUCUGUCCAAGCAAAAAGGAAGCGAGAAGAGAGUGAAGAAGAAGACGACAAGGACUCUGUUAUUGAAAACUCUCCCCCAGCAAAAAGGAAGCGUGAUGAAAUCGUUGAACCCAAAAUCAAGUUAAAGAACCUAUGCAAGCAGAUUCUUAAAAAGGUCGCUGGUAGUAGCGGAUCAAUGAAGCUGAAACAGCUUAAAUCUAUGAUUGAUGAACAAGCACCAUCAAUUCUCUCAGAGUUCUCUUCAAGGAAAGAUGCUAUUGCUUACUUGAAACUUAAG